AUGUCCGGCACGCCAUCCGACAUACCCACGCUCAAGGUGCUGCUCAUCGGCUCCUCGUCGGUGGGCAAGUCGUCGCUCCUGUUGCGCUUCACCGACGACGAGUUCCUCUCGCCCGAGGAGACGUCGGCCACCAUCGGCGUCGACUACCGUAUCAAGGGCAUCGAGGUCGGGGGCAAGCGCUUCAAGCUCUCCAUCUGGGACACGGCGGGCCAGGAGCGCUUCCGCACCCUCACCUCGUCCUACUACCGCGGCGCCCAGGGCGUCAUUGUCGUCUACGACGUCACCCAGCGCGACACGUUCGACUCGCUCCCCACGUGGUUCAACGAGCUCGAGACGUUCACCACCAGCCAGGACGUCGUCAAGAUUGUCGUCGGCAACAAGGUCGACAAGGAGUUUUCCCGCGUCGUCACCACCGAAGAGGGAAAGGCGUUCGCCGACAAGAUGGGCUGCCUCUUUGUCGAGUGCAGCGCCAAAAAGGGCGUCGGCGUCAACGGCGCAUUCGACGAGCUCGUCAACACCAUCAUCUCGACGCCGUCGCUAUGGCAAAAGACGGGCCCCGGCGUGCGAAGGCCCGGCGACAGGAUGCCAGGCGGUGCACCAGCUGCCCACGCCGCCGACAGCAGCAGGGGCAACAUCUCGCUCACCGAUACGGGCGGCUACGUCGGCUACGGCCUCGGCGUGGCAAGAGACUCGUGCAGCUGCUGA